AGCUAUAAACGACUGUUAGCCUGAGAUAUGGUGUUUAAGAAGAGAUUAGAUUAUGGAUUUGAUACCUUCGAUGUCUCUAUCGUGCCCCGUGCCCCUCGAUCGAAUCGGAGGAGGUAUCGGAGUAGGCAGGACGUCGACGACAGUCAGAUUUGUGCAUUCGAAUUGUUAGCUUCUUUAGCCGGGAAGUUGUUGCAGGAGAGCGAGAGUUCGGCUUCCAGCAAUACCUCGGAAGGACAUCGUGUUUCUAUAGGUAAAGAUGUUGUUAAACAGGAAAUUCAUUCCGACGAUGAUAAGUCGUUGAAAACAGAAAGUGUUGAGCAAGGAAGCUGUGAAGUGUCUGAGUCGACUACCGAAAUCAGUGACAAUGUGAAGGGAUUUAAACCUUCUGGAAAUGAUGCCAUUUCGGAUCGUGGUUUGAUUAAGACACAACCUGCUUGCUCGGAGCAAAAAAGUGGUGAUGUGAAUAUAAUUCGCAGCGGUAAUGCAGCCUAUGGAAAUUUUCAUGGUGACAGGGAUCCAUGCUCCCCUGAUCUCGGGGAUUUAUGUGAUGGUAAAAGUGGGAAUGGGUUUACGCGAGAGAGAGAUGGUAACGGUUUGGACAUCGGGAAGUCGAGUAUUGCUAAUACUUGCCCCAAGAAAGAUCCAAUUGAACCCGUUAAUUCUAAACGAGCGUCCCGCAAGGACCGCAUUCCUAUUGCUUCUUUUUCAAGACAUAGGAAUGAUAUUAAGCUAGGUAGUAAAGAUGAUGACGAAAACUUUUCUAGAUUUAAUAGACAUAGCUAUAGAUUUAAGUCUUCGAGGCCUCCGUCGCGUAUCGGAGAUCGAGGGAUAAGGAAGUUGCUGACAUCCAAGUAUUGGAAAGUUGGUCCUAAGUUGAAGGAUUUUGAUCAUUGCAAAGCUGACAGAGGAAUGAAGCCUGUGUAUCAUAAGCGAAAGACCUACUAUAAUUACGACAGAUAUCAAUACGACAUGCCCCACAAGAGGAGAAAGCUCUUUGACCGUAGCUCGAUAGUAACUUCUGAUGGUGUGAUAAGUAGUGAAAGUGUUUGUAAUUCACCAGAGAAGGUUGUGGAUGGAGACAAGGGUAGUUUUGCUUCGAUGUCACAUGGAGCAUGUGGUAUGCCCCCCUUGAUUACAGGUAACAAAGUAUCCCACCGGUCCAAGGAUUCUCACGUGAAAUUCAGCAUUAAGUCGUUUAGAAUUCCGGAACUUUAUAUCGACGUUCCAGAAGGUACAACAGUCGGUUCACUGAAGAGGACUGUUUUGGAGGCGGUGACUGCCUUACUUGGCGGUGGAAUCCGUGUCGGGGUACUUCUUCAAGGAAAGAAACUGAGAGAUGAUAACCGAACUCUAUCGCAGACUGGUAUUUCCUGUGAGGAUAUUCUGGAUUCUCUUGGUUUCACUUUGGAGCCUGGUCCUACAAAAGUUCCUCCGCCUGUGUGCUCGGAAGAACCACCCCUUCCAAGAUCAUGUGAUAAAGUCCCCGAAACUUUAACAAGAUUUCCAGCCACUCCGGUUGUAGAUACAGGGAUUCCCGAUCCCACAUUUGACCCGCUUUUACGGAGCAAUUCAGCACAUCCUGUGGAUACUAAUCACGAACCGGUUUCCUCCCAAACUGACGUUCCAACUGAUAAAUGUCUGUCGGAGUCAAGAGCUCUAGUUCCUGUUCCAGCAAUGAACGUCGAGGCACUGUCCGUCAUCCCUGCCAGCCCAAAAGCUCGAAAACCCGAGCUUGCACAGCGUCGAACUAGGAGGCCGUUUUCAGUCUUAGAAGUAGAAGCACUGGUACAGGCAGUUGAGGAGCUUGGUACUGGAAGGUGGCGCGAUAUUAAAUUGCGAGCUUUCGAGAAUGCCGAUCAUCGAACUUACGUGGAUUUGAAGGAUAAAUGGAAAACAUUGGUUCACACUGCGAAAAUCUCCCCGCAGCAGCGACGAGGGGAGCCGGUACCGCAGGAACUCUUGGACAGGGUCUUGGCUGCACAUGCACACUGGUCUCAGCAUCAAGCUAAACCACAAGGCAAGCAUCAACCCGGGACUUUGAGGAUCACAGACACGGAAUCCGGCGGGAACGGAGUUGCAACUACAGUUCCGACCAUUCCGAUGUAAAGAAAAGGUAAAACAUGACCAAGAACAGGAAGGGA